UCUCCCCACUCCGGGCCGCUCCCCGCUCGGUCCCGUGACCCAGACGCGCUCCCCGCUUUGUUCUAUGACUCUUGCACCUUCUCCCCGCUCCGUCCCGUCGCUCAAGGACCCGCUUAACGGACUAUUUAGUCGCCCAGAACUCGCUCCCCGAUUCGUCUUGUAAUUCCUGGGCCCGCCCCCGGCUCGCCAAUCCAUCCUGUGACUCUCGGACCUGCCCUCCGCAAGGUCUAUUAUCCCGGGACCUGCUCCCGGCUUUGUCCUGUCACUCCCUGACCCACUCCCAGCUCCACCUUGCCACCUCAACUCGGUCCCUUGAGCUCCUGUCUCGUCCUCAGUUGUGUUACGCCCAGAUCCAUUCCCGCCCUGUCCCGUGACCCCGGACCCUGUCAGGUCACCCUCAGCCGGGUUCCCAUUCCCUUUCCUCACCUUGAUCAGGUCCCUGCUGCGUCCCAUAAUUCCAGGACCAAAGAGACCACUCUCCGCUCCCUCUUGUCUUUUUGGGACCAGCCCCCCACACUGUCUACAUCCUGUCACCCCAGACUUUGUAGGUCACUCUGUGUGCUUAGAGAAGUAAAGGAACUUGUGGCUUUUUUGUUUGUUUAAUCAAAAUCACCAUUGAGAGGUUCUAAAGGCAGUGGGAAUGUAGAGCUGGGUACUUGUCUCAAUGGAUAAAUAAAAGCUCCAGGUAGUACAUCCUGUGUAGAUUUCAAAACUUAAUACCUGUAGCAGUAAAACACGUGCUGUUGAAACAGGAACAAUGACUGUUAUUGCAAUUGGUAAUCUCUAACAGGGAUUACAGAUCUUGAAUGUCUUCAGGCACCAGGUGAAUAAACCAAAUAUGAUGAAUGAUUGCCACCCAACUUCCAUGGGACUAAAUGAGGAACAGAAAGAAUUUCAGAAAGUGGCCUUUGACUUUGCUGCCCGGGAGAUGGCUCCAAAUAUGGCAGAGUGGGACCAGAAGGAGGUGUUCCCUGUGGGUGUGAUGCGGAAGGCAGCCCAGCUAGGCUUUGGGGGGGUCUAUGUCCGCACAGACGUCGGUGGGUCUGGACUGUCAAGGCUUGAUACCUCUGUCAUCUUUGAAGCCUUGGCUACAGGCUGCACCAGCACCACAGCCUACAUAAGCAUCCACAACAUGUGUGCCUGGAUGAUUGAUAGCUUUGGAAGUGAUGAACAGAGGCACAGAUUUUGCCCACCACUCUGUACCAUGGAGAAAUUUGCUUCCUACUGCCUCACUGAACCAGGAAGUGGAAGUGAUGCUGCAUCCCUCUUGACUUCAGCUAAACGACAAGGAGAUCAUUACAUCCUCAAUGGCUCCAAGGCCUUCAUCAGUGGAGGUGGUGAAUCUGACAUCUACAUAGUCAUGUGCCGAACUGGAGGAUCAGGCCCAAAGGGCAUCUCAUGCAUGGUUGUUGAGAAAGGGACCCCUGGCCUCAGCUUUGGCAAGAAGGAGAAAAAGGUGGGAUGGAACUCCCAGCCAACUCGUGCCGUGAUUUUCGAAGACUGUGCUGUCCCUGUGGCCAACAGAAUUGGGAAUGAAGGGCAGGGCUUCCUUAUGGCCAUGAAAGGACUGAACGGAGGACGGAUCAACAUUGCUUCCUGCUCUCUGGGGGCUGCUCAUGCUUCAGUCAUCCUCACUCGAGAUCACCUGAAAGUCCGGAAGCAGUUUGGAGCACCUCUGGCCAAUAGCCAGUUUCUGCAAUUCCAGUUAGCAAAUAUGGCAACAAGGCUGGUUGCCUCGCGGCUGCUUGUCCGUACUGCCGCAGUUGCUCUGGAGGAGGAGCGGGAAGAUGCAGUGGCUCUCUGCUCCAUGGCCAAGUUCUUUGCAACAGAUGAAUGCUUUGCAAUCUGCAACCAAGCUUUACAGAUGCAUGGAGGCUACGGCUACUUGAAGGAUUAUGCUGUUCAGCAGUAUAUGCGGGACUCCAGGGUUCACCAAAUCCUAGAAGGUAGCAAUGAAGUGAUGAGGAUGCUAAUCUCUCGAAGCCUCCUUCAGGAAUAGCACCCACACUUGAUAUUCUGGCAUGGGGGGUCAGUGUGCAACUGCAGUCAGUGUAGAGUGUUUCCAUUGUGGGCCCUUUGGUGCUAGAUGAAUUGUGGAUUAGAUUGAAAUGUUGAGCUCUUGCAUAUGUGUUGAUAGCAGUGUUGGCUCUUAGACUGGAGCAGGGUCCUCAGUAGAACUGGAAGAGCUGGUCUGAUGAGAAAUAUCACAAGAAGACCUGCCACCUUAUUUUCCUAAUGCCAGAAAGAUAACCAGUGAAUAUUCUGAACCAAAGUCUUGUUCUAGAUCUGCAUUGUCUUGAUUUGUCUGCAAUUUGCUGGUUCACUGGAUCCUUUUACUAGGGGCCUGGGUAGAUCCACUGAGGCUUUUCCAGACUAUAGGGCAAAGGUGUGGGGAAGGAAAGAGAGAGAAAAUUCCCUCCUGUCUUUACUUUUGUGUACCAUAGCUCUUGGAUAGCACUCAUCUGAAUGUAAUCAUGGUAAAGUGAAUAUUUGAGAAGCUAUUCCUAAGCUAUGAUUUAGGGUGUGUCUCUUCUUUUGGAUGCCCUGAAUAUCAAGGGCUGAGAUUAUUUGGAAUUUUGAAUAUUUGGUUUUUCUUUUUCUUUUAUCUAUUAUCUAAGAAUAGUAUUCAGAAUUUCUGUAACACUUCCUGAGAAGAACUUUGAGUAUAUUUUUUUCUGAGUUUCAUUUCCUUUUUUUGGAACUGCUUCUCUUUUUAAAUAUUUUUAAUCCUUACAUUGAUCAAUAAAAUUUAUUCCUUUCUGUACUGUCUCCAAUUGUA